GCUCUGAUUUCUCCACACAGAAGACCAGCAGCCCGUCACAGUGGGCAGCAGAACUUCAAACUGAGAGCACAUUUCUCACAAAGUCAUGGCUCUCCUGUCCGUCCUCACGCCUGUCCUGGCGGUGGUCCUGUGUCUGGUGAUAGGCUUCAUGCUGCUGGUGAGGUCACGGGAAAUGGAGACCACCUUGACCCCCCCGGGAAAAACUGCAGGGGCAUCAAAAACUGACUUUAGACCAUGGGUGGACCAGGACUUACAGGACGAUACAGAAAACACAGCAAAAGAGGACGAGGAUGGUGAUUGGGUGGACAGCAAUGAAGAAGAAGACCUUCUACAUGUGCCCUACUCACCACCACGUUACUCUGAGGAGACGAUGCUGCAGAGAUCCAAGGAUUUGUACACCCUGAUGAACCAGCGGAGGACUGUCCGAUUCAUCAGCCCAGAGCCGGUCCCACGAGAAGUCAUCGAUAAUGUCAUUCGCACAGCAGGUACGGCCCCAAGUGGAGCGCACACCGAGCCCUGGACGUUUGUCGUGGUUUCAGACGCAGAGACGAAGCACAAGAUCAGACUGAUAGUGGAAGAAGAGGAAGAGGUCAACUACCGUCAGAGGAUGGGGGACAAGUGGGUCCAUGAUUUGGCCAAAUUAAAGACAAACUGGAUCAAGGAGUACCUGGAUGUUGCUCCAUACCUGGUCCUCAUCUUCAAACAAACUUAUGGGAUUCUCCCAAAUGGCAAGAAAAGGACACAUUACUAUAAUGAAAUAAGUGUCUCCAUAUCAUCUGGAAUCCUGCUGGCUGCAUUACAGAACGUGGGUCUCGUCACGGUCACAUCAACACCCCUAAACUGCGGCCCCCAGCUCAGGCUCCUCCUCAAACGACCAGCCAAUGAGAAGCUGUUGAUGUUACUUCCUGUAGGUUAUCCUGCCUCUGAUGCCACAGUGCCUGACCUGAAACGCAAACGUCUGGAUGACAUUAUGGUGCACAUCUGAUGGUAUAAAUCUUAAGAGGAAAUAUGACAUAUGAAGCAUGAGGUUUGGAGGUCAUCUGCCAUAACA